GAGUGGAGUAACCUCACUUUUUAAUGUUUAUUGUUUAUGUUCAUAGUGAUUUUAUCAUAGAAAUAAUACUUUUUAUUAUUAUUUCUAUGAUUUUUAUCUUAGAAGUUGUUUCUUUUAUAUGUUUAUAUUAUUUUUUUGUGAUUUUGUCUAUUUGUGGUUUUAAAAUGUUUUACUUUAAAAACAUUGACAGUAAAUUAUUUAUUUGGUGUUAAAUUUGAUACCUUUUUAUCUAUACUUGCAAAAAAUGAGUAAAAGGAAGUCGAGCAGUCCUCAAAAGAAGGUGAAAACGUGGUGUGAAAAUGAUAUUAGUGGAUACAUUCCAGUUUUAAAAAAACAGAAAUCUAAAAAAAUUCCUCAAGGACCAUCCUACUUAUGCUGUGCUCCUACAGAACAAAAUAGAGACUAUUUUUUAGGAAAAUUAAAAGUUGGUACCACAAAUAAUGUUGCUUUAGAAACACAUAUUACAAAUUGUAAAUUAAGAUUUAAUGAGGAGUGUAACACAUUCAUACUUGACAAUGAAUCAUUCACGAUAGUUGUUAAUAUUGAUGUUGAUUUUGAUUUUAAAAUGAUUCAGGAAAUAAUUGCUACAAAAAUGUUUCCCAUAGAGUUUUAUUUCGAGAAUAACGAUGUUAUAGUGUUAUUUUAUUUAAAAGCGAUCCCAUUGCCAAAUUAUAACAAAAAAAUUUCUACAUGUUUAACAUUUUUAAUGAAAACAUGUCUGCAAAUCUUUCCAGAACAAAACUUAGAAUCAAGUAAUGAGAAACAAAAAUGUGAGGAGGUUAAAGACGUGUUUCAAAAAAUCAAACUUGUAAGAAGAAAUAACUUGCCAAUUAAUUUAAAUGCACAGCAUCCUAGUUUAAGACCAACGCUACGACCUUAUCAAGUUGACGCUGUUAGAUGGAUGAUAAAUAAGGAAACUAAAAUCCCUAAUGCAACAGCUGAAAUUCAUCCACUAUGGAAAUCAGUCACAUUACCCUCAAAAAAUAUUAUUUAUUACAAUUCAUAUAUAGGACUUGUGGAUAUUGAAAAGCCGAUAAUUGAUAGAUCCUGUAAUGGAGGAAUAUUGGCAGAAGAAAUGGGGUUGGGAAAAACAGUUGAGGUUUUUGCUUGCAUAUUAUUGAAUAGAAAAAUAGAAGAAUGCAACGUCGAAAACGUUGAAGCACCAACUAUAACAACAUUUCCAUUUCCCAUUAAGUUACCUAAAAAAAGAACUAAAACGUACGAUGAACAAAAAAUGUAUGUAAUAAAUGAUGAUGUAAAGGGUAAUGCUAAAAAUAGGAAGUCUAUAAACAGGCAAGCUCUACAAAAGUAUUAUGAAGCUGUCUUAAAAGGUACCACCAACAGUUACAAUCGAAAAGUUGAGGACCCCAUGGUGCAGUGCAUUUGCUCGCAACAAAUUGAAGAAGACAUAAUAGAGUGUGUUUGUUGUGGAAAAUCGCAGCACAAACAAUGUAUGGGAUAUGAUGAAACUUGCGGGCCAUAUAAAUGUUCUCAAUGUUGGAUGAAUGAGCCAAUGUUUGACGUCCCUGCAACUCUCAUUAUAACCCCAAGGUCGCUGAAAAAACAGUGGUGCGAUGAAAUUGUUAAGCACAUUAGUGGAAAGUUUAGGGUGUUGAAAUAUGAUGGAUGCAGAAAUUCCUCUUUGUAUCCUACAAAACUUCAUGAGUAUGAUUUGGUUAUAACCACCUAUAGUGUUCUGCAAACCGAACUAUAUUUAACGCACAAUAACGAAGAGAAAACAUUUAGACGUAAACGAAUUUAUUCGCCGCCAGGAAGUCCGCUGGUAAGAGUUAAUUGGUGGCGACUUUGUUUGGAUGAAGCUCAAGCUGUAGACGCCCCAAACUCGAUGGUAUCAGAAAUGAGUAAAAAACUAAGCGCCAAGUUAAGAUGGGCGAUCACCGGCACGCCAAUGUCCAGGGAUUUAACGGAUGUAUACGGAUUAAUAGAAUACCUUAAAAUUAGUCCGUACGAUGAUGUGGCAACUUGGACACACUGCCUUUACAACCCUUACGUUAGGGGAGAUCACAAACCAAUGUGCGAAUUUUUAUCAAAAGUUAUGUGGCGUUCAGAGAAAAAUGAUGUUUUAGAGCAGAUUGACAUUCCUGUACAGUCUCACAUUGAGCACAUGUUGGAAUUUUCCGCGGUGGAAAAGUUUUUUUAUCAGAAAGAACACGAGAUGUCCCGCGACACCUUUUUGUCGCAGCUGGAAAAGUUGGACCCCAACUCCACUUUGAGAAGUCUUAAUAAAGCUACCCUUAAAAAAAUUAUGAACCCUCUAUUGGCUUUAAGACAAGGUUGCACGAAUCCUAAUAGUACAAAGGGCAAAUAUUUGGCUACUAGAAAAAAAUUAACGUCGAUGAAAGAAUUAUUGGAGGCUUUGAUUGUUAAAAAUUUUACGGAAUGCGAGGAAAUGUUACGUGUUGUGAUAUCUGCUCUGAAUGCACUUGCUGGCAUCAACUUACUAUAUAAAAACACGCAUGUCGCUAUCGAGGAAUAUAGAAAAGUGUUGCAGCUGUCUGAAAAUUUUAAACUUAAAGAAAAUGGAGCGUUACAAGUCGAUACGUUGCAAUUAAUCCAUACCUUGCAUAACUUGGCAGAAGUAAUUGAAAAUGCAGAAAAUGUUACACCUACACUUCACGAUAAUACCUUAAAAAUUGAUUGUAUUAAACAAGAAGAGAAGUAUAUUGGAAAAUUUAUAAAUGAAUCGGCCGGUUGCUUUAACGAAUGGAACGAUUUAAAUAAAAAAACAAUCAAUUUAAAAAAAGCAUUUAAUCUUAAACAAGGACAAUGGUACUCUGACGGUAUGGACUAUUUGGUCAUGGGAGAUUAUCACAAUAAGGUUAUUUUAAAAAUUAAUAACAUCUGCGAGAAUAUGGGCAUAGAAUGCCCUUUAAAGGAGAACGGUGGUAAUAUUUUAUACAUCAUUGGUACUUGGGAUAGAAUUUUACACGAGCUAAGAGAAGAAUUGAUAGACAAUCUCAAUAGCUUGUUUACGGCAGAUUUAAAUGACGAAAAAGUCACUGUUAUAAAUAUACAGAAAAAUCUCGUUUCAGAGGCAAUGAAUUGUCACUUGAGACCCGACAAAAAAGGCAAGAAAAAAAGGUGUCAAUUGUGUGAAAUAGAAAAAAUGUUAAAAAAGUACGAGGCGAAACUGUUUUUAAAUAAAGUAAACCAACCUAGAGCUGAGAAAAAGGGGGAAUCUUCUUGGCUGCCCACACUACAAGAAGUUAUUCUUAAAAAUGUAUUUUUAAGUUUAAAGAACUCAAAAGCCAAUGAUGAAAUUUUAAAUGAUGGAGAAACCCAUAUAAAUUUAAUAACAGUACUGAAAGAUGAGUACAAGGUAAUGAGUAAAUUUUGGACUCACCUUUAUCAACAAGUUAGUGCUAAGGAUGAGUUGGAUAUUUGCAAAAUCCGUUUAGCUUUAAAAGAUUCUGAUUUGGAAGAGGAUAAAAGAAGCAAUGUUCUUAAAAAUUUGGACUAUGAAUUAAAGGAUAAAAUAAAGCAUUGCAAUUUGCUUAAUCCCCAUGAGCUUGGUUUUCUUGAAAGUAUUUAUCGCAUGGAAGAAAAACAAAGCCUCGCUAAUUUAGAAAGAAAUUUGGGUAUUAAAAAGUAUCUGGAAACGUUAAAAAAGCAACAAUAUGAAGGGCAACAUCCAGACCCAUGCCCAAUAUGCAAAAAUACUUUGGAGAACCAUUGGAGCAUAUUGCCUUGCGGCCAUUCCUAUUGUCUAGAAUGUAUACAACUGCAACUUGAAAAGGUUGUAGGUAAAUAUUUGCUGUGCUCAAUUUGCCGUCAAAAAUUUAAUUUAUCGGACAUUUCCUAUAUAAAGGCAGGCGACACUGUGGAUAAAAUUGAUACCAUUGAAAUAAAAGGAAAUUAUUCAACGAAGAUAGACGCCGUCGUCAAAUUGCUCAUACGCCUUAAAAAUAAAACGCCCGACGUAAAGGUUUUAAUAUUUUCAUCGUGGUUGGAUAAUAUUAAAAUCAUACAAGAAGCACUGAAUACAAACCAUAUUUUAAAUGAACUUAUCUCUAGUACAACAACUUUGGAAGAAAAAGUUAAACAUUUUAAAGAUCCAUCAAAAAUGUGCACGGCCUUGCUUUUACCCCUAAAUCUGGGUUCAAAAGGUUUAAACCUUAUUGAAGCUACUCAUGUUAUUUUAGCGGAACCAAUUUUAAACCCACAGGAUGAAUUACAGGCUAUUGGUAGGGUGCACCGAAUAGGACAAACUAGGAAAACAUUUAUUCAUAGAUUUGUUAUAAAAAAUACCAUUGAACAAAGUAUCCAUAAAGCAAUUACUUCAAACAGUGAGGAGUGGGAAUAUAAUAAGGUUACAAUAAAACAACUUACAGAAUUAUUUAUUCCUGAUAAUGAAGACAAAAAAACUUUAAUACCUGAUAAAAAUAUGCAAUGUGGCCCUAGUGGUAAUCGACUCGAAACUGAAUCUUUAAGUGACGAUUCGAAUCAGGGUGAUUCGAAUAGUGAUUCUGAUUCUGGAGUUCAAUAAAUAAUAUUUACCCGGUUUUGAAUACGAGCCUAGGCGAGCUUAGACGAGCCAAAAAGAUCUAAGGCGAACGAAGACUAUUGUCCACACCGAACCAAAGCGAGCCUAGAGGAU